CAUUCAUCACUUAACAUCGGUUUCUGACCCUCACUGUUUAAGUCGACUUGUUUAGCUGAAGGCUUACGAUUAAGCAUCCACGCAAUUUGGUACUCCGUCGUGUCACGUUCGUUCGUUCGUGCACGAUCCCUAGCUAGCUAAGCAGUCAUCUCGCACUCCAAUUUGGUCCCGAGACAUAUCUCGUAAUCUGGAUGAUCAAUUCUUGUGUUUGGCUUUGCCCGUGGUCUACGCGGAACGAGUACUGUAGAAGUUGUGGGUAUAGGGUCUUGCGUUAGUAUACUUUGUACUAUUCGUGAACAUCAAAGCCUUCAGCCUCUAAAAUAUCACUGUUGUUUCCUGCUAUUCCAAACGAAUUAUUACCGAUGUAUUUGACCUUCGUUGAUCCAAGUUCAAUGAACAAUUCCCUGUCAGCCGAGGAGUGAUUAUUCGAAAAACCUGUAUUACGAAUUUGUGCAUAUAGUUUAAAAAUGAACAAAAAAUUAAAGGUGAUCUUUUCAAAUAUUUUAACAUUGAAUAUGUUGUUUAAAUCCCUCAAAGGUUGUUAAUAUAACGACUCUAGGUUUUCCCACUGAUACAGAUUAUUACCAUUUACUGCGAGUCUUAAGUCGAAUUACUGAAUUUUCUUACAUAAGAUGCUGGCUCUCCGUAAUCAGAUACAAAGGGUUGCAUUCAGAAGGUGCUUGUCAGGUUGGUCUGAUGGACUCCGUAAUCAGACAAAACUUUCCGAAAACGUUUAUUCCCGAGAAGACAAACAUGGGGCUCACAAUUAUCACCCCUUACCAGUAGCGCUUUCCAGGGGCAAAGGUAUUUACGUAUGGGAUGUUGAUGGGAACUGCUAUAUUGACUUUUUGAGCGCUUACAGCGCAGUAAAUCAAGGGCAUUGCCACCCACGCAUUAUUGACGCUCUGAAAGCUCAGGCAGAGCUGUUAACUCUGACUUCACGUGCCUUUUACAACUCUGCGUUGGGAGAAUACGAGGAAAUGGUUACCAAAAUGUUUGGAUACGACAAGGUUUUGCCAAUGAAUACGGGUGUCGAAGCCGGUGAGACUGCACUGAAGCUUGCACGGAAGUGGGCUUACAAAGUAAAGAAAAUUCCUGAUGGACAGGCAAGAACAAUAUUUGCUGAAGGGAAUUUCUGGGGCCGCACUCUGGCUGCUUGCUCUUCGUCAACUGACCCCAGCUGUUAUUCAGGAUAUGGACCAUUCAUGCCAGGUUUCGUAACUAUCCCUUACGAUAAUUUGAAUGCAUUAGAAGCUGAAUUAAAAAAUCCAAAUACUUGUGCAUUUAUGGUUGAGCCAAUUCAAGGUGAAGCUGGUGUUCGUACACCAUCAGAUGGCUACCUAAAAGGAGUACGAGAAUUAUGUACAAAAUAUAAUGUAUUAUUUAUUGCUGAUGAAGUUCAAACUGGAUUAUGCAGAACAGGAAAAAGACUAUGUGUAGACCACGAAGGUGUCCGACCAGAUAUCGUUUUAUUGGGAAAAGCUUUGUCGGGUGGAGUACUACCAGUAUCAGCUGUUUUAGCAGAUGAUUCAGUUAUGCUAACUAUCCAACCUGGUGAACAUGGUUCAACCUAUGGCGGUAAUCCUUUAGCUUGUAAAGUUGCUAUGGCUGCUUUAAAGGUUUUGGAAGAUGAAGGCUUAGCAGAACGUGCACAAAAGUUGGGUGAAAGAUUUCGUAAUGAGUUAGGUAAACUUCCGAAAUCCGUGGUUGAAUCUUAUCGCGGUAAAGGUCUUCUAAAUGCUAUUUUAAUUCGUCAAGGUUUCAACGCAUGGGAUAUUUGCAUGAAAUUACGUGAUCAUGGUCUAUUGGCUAAACCAACCCAUGAUACAAUAAUCCGGUUAGCCCCACCACUAGUCAUCACGAAUGAGGAACUAGAUAAGUCGAUUGAAAUUAUCAGUAAAGUGAUCAAUUCAUUGGUUAAAUAAUCAUUUCGAAACAAUAGUGCAAAAGUCAUCAUUAGACGUGAUAUUUUGAUCUUUCAUUUCCCUUCUCAAUUAUCUUACGGCUGGAAAAUUGUGAUAUUUGUGCAAAACAACCAGAUGACUUUCAUAUUUUCAAACUAAGCAACUAAUUUAUUUCUUUGAAAAUUAUUUUCAUUUCACUGAAAAGUUGAUUUUGCUUUUAUCAGUUGAUUUACAUUACAUUUAUUUAAAAAUUACAAUUACAACAUAUUCCUACAUUAGAACUUUGUCCGAUAUUUUCUUUUCUUUGAAUUAUUCCUUGUUGUGCUAUAGACAAAUUACAUCACCAUAUUGACUUUAUUGUGAUAUUCUGAAAUGAGAUGUACACAUCCAUUUUAGUUCCUAUGAUGUAUGUGUAUUUGAAUUUUAAUUUUUGAGAUUUAUUUUCGAAAAAUUUUGCUUUUCGAUUUCUGCAGCUUCGUUCGCGUGUGUUUUGAUUUUCGAUUUAUUUGUUUGUCACUUUGUGAACAGCAGCAGUUUUGCAAAGCCAAUACAACAAGCAUAAUUAUUAUGCUAUCCAAGUUUUUGUGUCUUUUAUUUUACAGGAAAAGAUUUACUUUAUGUAAGUUUAUGCAUAUAAACAGUUGGCCAUUAAAAUGUCUACAGCUUAUUUAAAU